AGAGUUCUGGUCUCUCUUGACUCUGUGUUCUGUGCACUGUGGUGCCCCCAUCUGCCUUCCCAGGUACCACAGCUCAUUCAAUCCUGCACUGCCCUAAUUGGUCCUAGGUUUCCCUGAAGUCAAGCUUAAAUGUGCAGGUUCUAUCUACCCUUUUGUUUUUAGUAUCUCGUCCUCUGGACAGUCCUUCAGAUUCUUGGAGGCUGACGUCAUUUCCUUGAAGAUUCCUCGAUUCCUCUUUGCUAAAAAUCCCUAGCUCCUCUGUCCUAUGAUGGUUCUGCUCUGGAUGCUCUCCAGCUGACCAGCCCCCUUACCCUGUGGCUCCAUGUGAAUGUGGGGAGAGAGCAGCACACCCUGUUCUUGGAAACUGUCUCACAGUGUCCCUCCCACUCCCCCACAUCACAUCGGCUCUUGGUCAACAUUGCAGUGCUGAUUCAUAUGAAACCUGUCUUCUCAUACCCCCAGAUCCUUUUCAGAGUAGCUGCCUGCCCCAAUUCCCUUUAUUUAAAUUAGCCGUUAUUAUAACACCUGUAGAGAACACUUUUGUGGUUUACCAAUUCUUUUUUUCCCCACUACAACUCCCCAGAGAGGGGAAAAACAUCUCUCUCUCUCUCUCUAUUAAUCAUCUGUGGAGAGAGUACAAGAAUUUUCUUCAUUUUAUGGAAUAGAUGAUAAAUUGAGGUGACAUUACUGAUCACAUAGCCAGCUAUUUCAUAAAGCACUUUAGGGGGCAGAUUUGGGAAUCACCAUCCCUUCCUUCCCUCCUGUCAUCCCACUGGCUUGCUGUCAGAAGUGUUUUCUUGUGAUAAAGCUAGUUGGUUACUUGUUUCCAGGUACUUAGCACUCAGGAGGGAGAGGAAAUGGAAAGAAAGGUCCUGUUUUUUGUAAUCUAAUGAGAAUACAAACUGUACACUGGUGGAAAAGGAAAUUAUGUCCCUGGAGCAGAUUUUUGUGUUGUUUUCUGUUAGCAACUGGAUGAGAAAAUGCAAAUUAACAUCUUGCUUUCCUGGAGGGAAAUGUGUCCCAGUACUUCCUCUUCUCUUCCAGUUCUUGCCUUGGGGUGCUUGACUCUAGAAAGGUGUUUCUUGCUGCCUUCUAGGAGAGGAAAAGACUUGUACAAGUUGUAUUUCAGUGCAAGCAGCCUAAUGUUGGAAAUGUGGCCAUAUGUAGUCAGACUUAAAACUCUCCCAAGAGGAGGUGACUUCCAAGCAUUCUUUGUUUUGAAGAGAAUUCCUAGCAGAGGUGCUCCCUGGGAGAAGAAGUGGGUAACUGUGGGUGACACAUCCCUUAGGAUAUUUAAAUGGGUGCCAGUAGCUGACAGCAAAGAGAAGGAGAAAUCAAAAUCAAAUAAUUCAGCAGCCCGAGAACCUAAUGGUUUUCCUUCUGACGCCUCUGCCAAUUCUUCUCUCCUUCUGGAAUUCCAAGAUGAGAACAGCAACCAGAGCUCCAUGUCUGAUGUCUAUCAGCUCAAGGUGGACAGCAGCACCAACUCGAGCCCCAGCCCCCAGCAGAGUGAGUCACUGAGCCCAGCGCACACCUCAGAUUUCCGAACAGAUGAUUCCCAGCCACCCACAUUAGGCCAGGAGAUUCUUGAGGAACCAUCCCUGCCUGCUUCUGAAGUGGCUGAUGAACCUCCCACCCUCACCAAGGAAGAACCUGUCCCACUGGAGACACAGGCUGCAGAGGAUGAAGAGGAUUCAGGUGCCCCACCACUAAAGCGUUUCUGUGUGGAGCAGUCUGCUGUGCUGCAGGCGGCGUCAGAAAGCUAGCGACACCCUGGCACCCCUGCCCGCUUGGCCCCUAGUCUCUAUUUAUUGAAUUCUGGUCCUGGCUGUGCUGUGUUGCUGGGGUGAAGGCAAGCAUUGGGGUCCAGAGACUGCGUGUCUCAGCCCCUGGGGCUGAAAGGCCCCAGGAGGGAAGGUGGCCAGAGGGACGUGGGGUAUGGCGUCAUCUUUGUGUCCAUGGUACCUGUCUGCUUGCUCCUAGGAAGAGGGCUGCUUCUCCCCCUCUGCUUUCCUUAGGGGACUCAAGCUGCAAAGUGGUUGUCCCCAGGAGUUCCGCAAGUACCGGGUUCUGGGAGUCCCCAGGGCACCCGGGCCUCCAAGUGGAGUUCGUGCCUCUUGGGUAUCAGGCCCUGCCCCUGCCUUUUUGUAGCCAAGCCCGGAGCAUCAGCUGUCAUCCCUAGUUGUGUGGCCUCUGCUCCUCGGGCUGACCUGCUAGGCCAGCGAGUAUAGUGCCGAGAGGGCUAAGUGCCCUGUAGAGACACAGCACUUCAGGGGAUCCUAGCGACCCUCGUUGGGGCUGUGGACAAAGCCCGUAAGCUGGCGAGCUCUCCCGGCAAGGGCAAGAGUGAGCCCUUCAGCCUCAGGUAGGAGUGGGGCUAGGGCUGGCAUUGGAGAGGAGAGGGUCAGGAUUGCAUGCCAUGGCCUAGUGGAGGCUUCUGGGAAAAGGAGAGGCUUCUUUACCACCUGAUUGAGCUUGGAAGUGGAUCACAUGGAUUUCCAUUUGCCUGGGCCCUUUUGCCUCUUCCUCAAUUGUCUCCCAUUGAGCUCUCCCCCAGCUGCUCUCUUCCUCUUACUCCCCUUCCUCACACACCCCCUUUUCCUGCUGUCCCCUCCCUUCUGGUGUGGCCCCUGUCCCCAGUCCUGGGUCAGCACUGCUGCUACAGCUUAUGUCCUAGCAAGAGUGUGAGGUUCUGGGAACACCGAACCCAAUUCUUCUUCAGCUCAGACUUUCUGGAAAGUUUCCUUUUCUUUGAAAUCUGCAUGUUGAAUCGAACUUUGUGAUAUUAUUUUUUGUUUUAAAAAAGAAGUUUAAGAAAAUUGAAAUGGGCGACUAUGAGUGAAGACAUAUUUUAGCACUGAAUAGAAUAUUUUUAAAAUUAAACUAUUUGAAAUACA